AUGGCGCUGUUGUCCAAAUUUCGACCCUUCCUGAGGCCUGUGUCCAGGUUGCCACUGCGCGCCCACCCUUGUCGCGCCCUGCACCUGGCACCCCCUUGGUUGCUCGAUGAUUACAUCCCCCGCUACCACCUCAUCUCCUCGCUCGACGCUGCCAAGAAGCGCUCACUUGCCUACGCACAUCUUCGCGAAUGCAACCUUUGCCCUCGACUCUGUGGCGUUAAUCGUUAUGAGAAGACCGGCGUCUGCCUUAUCGGGGCAGAAAAGGUAAAGGUCAACACCAUCGCGCCGCACUUCGGAGAGGAGCCCUGUCUUCAGGGUCAUAAUGGAUCGGGGAGUGUCUUCUUCUCGGGCUGCAACCUGAGAUGCGUCUUCUGCCAAAACCAUGAUAUCGCACACCAGCGGAAUGGCUUUGAUCUAACACCGGAGGAAUUGGCGGAGUGGUAUAUGAAGCUGCAGGAAGUAGGAAGGUGCCAUAAUAUCAAUCUCGUUACGCCAGAGCACGUCGUGCCACAAGUCGUCCUCUCAAUCCUCCACGCGCGCGAACUCGGCCUUCGUCUACCGAUCGUAUACAACACUUCAGCUUUCGACAGUCUUGAGAGCCUCGAGCUGCUUGACGGUCUGGUUGACAUAUAUCUGCCCGACUUCAAGGUGUGGAGCGACGCGACAAGCAAGCGUCUACUGAAGGCGGACAACUACACGGCCACGGCCAUGGAGAGCAUCAAGGCUAUGCAUGCGCAGGUCGGAGAUCUGUGCUUCACGGGCGAUGGGAUCGCGAAGAAGGGCGUACUGGUGCGACACCUUGUCAUGCCUGGAAAAGAAGACGAGGGCAAAGAGAUAGUGCGCUGGCUAGCUGAAAACGUCUCCAAAGACAUGAUGGUGCACGUCAUGGAGCAGUAUUUCCCCCGCGCGCACGUCGGGAAGCCGCGAAGGGGAGGCAAAGACGCUAGCGUGGUCGAGCCUGGAGGUGUGCCUGCGACGGAAGGCGCGAAGGAGCAGGUGCGGUAUGCAGACAUCAAUCGGCCGGUAGAUCUAAGAGAGGUGGCAUCCGUGACGCAGGCGGCACGGGAGGCCGGCCUGUGGAGGUUCGUUGAGGCUGCGAAACACGGCGGCUUCAAUGUGUGA